AUGUCCGUCAUGUCCGGUGACGAGGAGAACAAGAAAAAGGUUGAUGACGUCGGCGGCGUCGACGUUCGCGACGACGACGGUUUUUUUUCAACAAAUAAUCCGACGCUUGCGAAGAAAACAUUUGGAAAAAAAAAUCAUAGGAAAAAUAAAAUCCCGGAAAAUGUUUUGACGAAAAUAUGGGAUGAAAUAAAUUUUGCAGAAUAUUUAUUACUUAAAUAUUUAGAAGAAAUAAUGGAAAAUUAUGGGAAAACGGAAGAAAGUGAUAAAAGGUUAACUCUUAGGGAUUUAUCGGAUUUGAUAAGGAGAGAAAUAAAACAUUUGAACAAAGUGAAGAAAAGUCGUGUCGUGAGCGUUUCCGGUAAUUUCGUGACGUUUCAAUCCGACGACGGUGAAUUUUUAGUCACUCUCGUACCCGGAGAAGAAUUACAUAAAAAUUUUCAAAAUAUUUUCUCAUUAUCAAAUGUUAAACCUCGCUUUGCUAAACCCGUGCAAAGUCGCGAAAAUUGUUAUCGUACGUCGAUGACGUCAUCGACGUCGACGUCACCAUCGACGGAAUCAAUUUAUUACGAUGCUUUAUGCGAUAUUAAAUCCGAUAUUAAUUUAUUAACGACGCGUCAUCAUUUUCAAUUCAAGUUAGUCAAAAAAACAAAACAAGGUCAGAGUGGCGCUGUUAACAGGUCUGAGGGUUCAGGUAUGAGAAUGUUCAUCAAUGUCACUGAACACAAUCAACCAAUCAGAAUAGGGCUCCGACGAUUGUUUUUGGCUCCUUUUUUAUUGUCGUUUGUCGUUAUUGCGUGCAUAAAUCAGAUUUUUCUUUGUUUUCUGAUGUGUUCUUUCUUUUUCUACUUCCAAGAAGUUGUUCUGUUGUCGUUUGUUAACGUAUUGGUAAACGGUAGAAAAAAAAUUUGA